ACCAUGACAGCGGGAUUAUUGCCUGGUGUUAUUUUCCUCACGGUUACUGGUUGUUUAGUUCUGGGUGAACCAUUGCGGCGUGUGUCUAUGGUUGACUGCUCCCAGCCCAUUGGUUGUACCAACUCAGUACCAUCCACAUGCUUCUUCUCACCUGAGUGUCGCAAGAGGCCUAUUAAAUCGGGGUCAGACAUAAUCUUGGGCCGCAAAAGGGAGGUAGACUGUUCCAAACCGGCUUACUGUGACCGAUGUAUUCCCGUGAGCUGCUACUUUGAUCCUGAGUGCAAAAAACAACCAAUAACCACGGGGGCAAUCCUCGGAACAUUGGGCAAACGCUGUCUGGGAAAUAUGGGCACCUUAGGAUGAGUGUGCUACCCAUUUUAAGGGUCUAAUUUGGAAAUAAAGUGAAGACAAUCCAUCAGUCC